UUCCCAUUUUUGUCUCUCUUUCUCUCUGUUGGUAGCUGGUUGCCUACUUGCCUUUCUCUCCCUGUGCCUCUGUCUCCCUCUAUGCCUGUUUCAGGGUCAGUAAUUCUCCACCCCUGGCUGAGUCUCUGUCUUUGGUUUCCUUUCCGUGAAGGAGCUGGCCCUGGCUCAUGGCGAAUCUGAGUCAUCCAUCUGAGUUCAUCCUUGUGGGCUUCUCCUCGUUCGGUGAGCUGCAGGCUCUGCUGUAUGGGCCCUUCCUCAUGCUGUAUCUUCUGGCCUUCGCAGGGAACGUCAUCAUCAUCAUCAUGGUCAUGGCCGACACCCACCUUCAUACACCUAUGUACUUCUUCCUGGGCAACUUCUCCCUGCUGGAGAUCCUGGUGACAAUGAUGGUGGUGCCCAGGAUGCUCUCAGAUCUGCUGACCCCCUGCAAAGCCAUCUCUUUCUCAGGCUGCAUGGUCCAAUUCUACUUCUACUUCUCCCUGGGUUCCACCUCUUUCCUCAUCCUGGCCGAUGUGGCCCUCGACCGCUUCGUGGCCAUAUGCCACCCCCUACGCUAUGGCACGCUGAUGUGCUGGGCAGUCUGUGUCCGGCUGGCAGGGGCAGCCUGGGCAGCUCCCUUCAUAGCCAUGGUACCCACUGUUCUGUCCCGGGCUCAUCUCGAUUACUGCCAUGGCAAUGUCGUCAACCACUUCUUCUGUGACAAUGCCCCUCUGCUGCAGCUGGCCUGCUCAGACACCAGCCUGUUGGAACUUUGGGACUUUGUGAUGGCCCUGGCCUUUGUCCUCAGCUCCUUCCUGGUGACCCUCAUCUCCUAUGGCUACAUUGUGACCACAGUGCUGCGAAUCCCCUCUGCCAGUGGCCGCCAGAAGGCCUUCUCCACAUGUGGGUCCCACCUCACCCUGGUUUUCAUCGGCUACAGUAGCACCAUCUUCCUCUAUGUCCGGCCAGGCAAAGGACACUCUGUGGAAGUCAACAAGAUGGUCGCCCUGGUGACAUCCACCCUGACCCCUUUCCUCAACCCCUUCAUUCUUACUUUCCGCAAUGAGAUGGUCAAGGCCUUUCUACAGGGUCAGCUGCAGAGGCUGAAGAGCCUUCACAAGGCAAGGAGAGCCCAGAGAGGGGCCUGAAGGGCGCAGGCUG